UGCUACAAAGAAAUUCACAACAAAUUUCAACACUCCAAACUCAGUCCCUUUCACUCUACUCCUAACAACCAAUUUCAACCACUUUUAUUAUUUUCAAAUAAACAAAUAAAUUAAAUACUCAAAAAAAUGUAACAAAACCUUACUCAUCACAUGUAACAUUACUAUUGCUACUAUUAUUAUUAGUAAAUAAAUAAUAAUCAUUCUCUCUAUUUUGCUACGAUGCAAAACUCACCCAUUAUUAUCUCAACUCCACCACCGUUACCGCCACCGUUUCCCUUAUCUCCUCCGCCACAAUCCACCGGCCAAAUUGUUGUACUUCCGGCACCACCACCUCCACCGUUUAGACCAUUCGCCGGUGCACCUAGCUCAGUUUUCCAAAUCACAGUCCUCCCAGCACCACCUCCACCACCACAAUUCUCCGGCGGAUCCAGCUCCUUCGAUUUAUCUCCUCUCGAGUUUCUCCUCGCUCUUAUCGCGAUCGUCACCAUUCCCGCUUUGAUCUACACCUUCAUCUUCGCAUACGGAUGCUCAUCUUCUUCAUCAUCCUCCUCACGUCGUCGGAGAUCCUCCACCGACGAACUCUCCGGUGAGAUAUCACUCCCAUCGGAACACUCUCGCCAUGACGUGGAAACUGUUCCUACCGGUGAAGUUUACAAGAAAGAAACACACGCGGCGAAAAUCGGCGGCGAGUGUCCGGUGUGUUUAUCGGUGUUCGCCGAUGGUGAGGAAGUUCGGCAGCUGAGUGUUUGUAAGCAUUCUUUUCAUACUUCUUGUAUUGAUUUGUGGCUCAAUGAUCACAACAAUUGUCCGAUUUGUCGCAAAACCGUCACACCGGCCGCGGCCGAUGCGACGGUGAAAAGUUCCGGCUCAAGUAGAGACAGUGAUCUUCAACAAGGUCUCCCUGAUGCAUCUUCUUUGGUUUGAUUUUCUAAAUUUUGUUUCUAAUUUUUGUUAUGGUAAAAUGUGAGUUUUAUUAGUUGUUAUUAUCAUAUCAUAAAAAUAUCAAAAAUUCCAAAUA